UCCUGCGCAGCUUGGAUAGCCAGUAAUGUUGCCGGAAGAUGCGCCGCCAGAGGUGCGAGAACGAGCUCAAGAUGUCCUGGAAUCGGUGAUGCAGAAGGUCUCGCGCGUUCUCAAUGAACGCACGGCCAACGAGGAAGGCGACGCUGCGCUGAGUCGCAAGUUGAGCGACCCCACGGACUUUGACCUCGAGGAUCCAGAGCUGCUACUGCGACCGGAUGAUAACAUCCUGCUGCGAAGGGAUUCCAGGUGUAUCAUUAUGGAUGCCUUCGAGCUUGGACGGGAGUUCCCGGAGGUGGAGAUUGACCCGCGCCUGGUCUUUGACAACCCCACCAUCGAGCAAUUGUCGCAGGCUAUUGUUGACCUGCCCAAGACUCAAAGGACCAAGAGCGUGGAAAGCGCGAGUACUGCUCAACCAGGUGUGACAUUGACCUCCGUUCCCUUCACCCAAUUGACCACCUUUACUGGUGAAGUGGCGCCAUGCGCUUAUCAUCCUGCAGGUGAUGCCUCCCGCUACAUGCGCAGCCGCGACGGCAUGGAAAGUGUUCUUAUCCCCGGGGGCCAGGCGCGGAUUGGCGAUGACACCAGCUGCCCUUCGGCCCGCGAAAACGAAGGACCCUCGCACAUGGUGGAGCUGAGCACUUUCUUGAUGGACAUCGAACCUGUGAGUUUGGGUGCAUACGCGCGUUUCUUGAACUCCGCAAAACCUAAUCAAGACCAGCUGUUCGAUUGGUGCCUUCUGCCUGCGGAAGAUGCGCGCUGUGCUCAUUUGCCCUUGACCCUGGGUGAGGAUGGCUGGCAGGUCAAGAUGGGAGUGCCACCCAAUUGGCCCAUGAUCUUGGUUUCUUGGUAUGGAGCCAAUGCCUAUGCUCUGUGGGCCCAUGGACAGGAUUGGCGCAACUACAGGAGUGCUGCAAGCGCCCACUUCUUGCCCACGGAAGCUCAGUGGGAAUAUGCCGCGCGGGGGCAGGAAACGCUCCAAUUCCCGUGGGGAGAUGAGGAUGCCACCCCUGAUCUCUUGAACGUCUGCUGGGAUGCCAGCACCUACGACAGCAAGGGCAACGUCACGGCGCAUGUGGCUACUCCCCUGGAGGAGUUACCCUUGGUCGGGGUGAAUGUCUUGAUGGGAGUGUCACCCUUUGGACUCCGAGGCAUGGCUGGCAAUGUUUGGCAAUGGUGCCGCGACACUUACCACACCAAUUUCUACAUGUGCACCGAGGCCAGCCUGAAAGAUGCCUGGAACGCUGAAGAGGAGGAGGGCGCCCUAAAGAGCGAGCGCGGUGGCAGUUGGGUCGGCCCCGCUGCGUUGGCCCGCAGUAGCUAUCGCCGUGGUCGGCACCCUGAGGCCAAAGGCCGCUGUUUAGGUUUCCGUUGCUGUGCCCCCGCUCACUUUGUGGAUGCGCUGUGAUACAGAUGUUGCUAUGAUUUGCUAUGUGUUGCUGCAAGUCGCC